AUGCCGCCACAGAUAAAACAGGACCUCAAUAGAUCAGGAUGGGAAACUACAGACUUUCCAUCCGUAUGUGAAAACUGCUUACCAGAGACAUCAUACGUAAAAGUCUUGAAGGAUGAUCAUGGUGCAGAAUGCAAGAUUUGUACUCGUCCAUACACCGUUUUUCAAUGGAAGGCCGAUCGCACGUCGAGAUCAAAGCAUACCAAUAUCUGUCUUACAUGCGCGCGUCUAAAAAAUUGUUGUCAGUGUUGCAUGCUCGAUCUUGCAUUUGCAUUACCUAUUGUGGUGCGCGAUGCUGCUUUAAAAAUGGUAGCGCCUGGUCCUCAAAGCUCAGUGAAUCGAGAAUAUUACGCUCAAGAGCAUGAGAAAGAAAUCGAAGAUGGUAGAGGUGGUACUGAAGCCUAUGAGAAAACAGAUGAAAAGGCACGACAGCUCUUAAGGCGCUUAGCCAAUUCGGAACCAUACUUUAAAAGACAGCGACGAAUUGAGCCUGCAGAAAAACCUGGAGUAAACAGCGAAAGUCCCGCCAGCUUGUCCUCGCGAGGACCCGUUCGAACACGAGACUCGCAAGGAAGGACUGGUAUUCCUCGCCGGGGCGGGUCUCAGCCAUUUCCUAGCACAGCCCAAAUCCCUCCAACCGUAUCGGAUAUUCUACCCCCAAGAGAUCGAAGCAUUACUUCCUUAUUCAUCACCGGAAUCGAAGAUGAUCUCCCCGAAUACAAGAUAAGGGCUUUCUUUGCCCCGCUCGGUCUGAUCAGAUCACUCGUCUGUAGCCAUCUUAGUCAUUGCGCGUUUGUUAAUUUUCAAACGCGAGAAGAUGCUGAAGCAGCCGCGCUCCAUUGUCAAGGGCGAGCUGUUAUUGCCGGAGUCCCAUUAAGGGUAAGAUGGGGUAAACCUAAGCCAAUUGGGCUGAUGGAGAAAGAUGAACGUAUGGCUGUCGCAGGAGAAGGUCGAGCUGCAUUUUCUGCGGAUAGUACUAAUACUGCUUAA